UGGAUGGGGUAAGAAUUUCAUCACAGUGUGACAUAGAUUGGACGCGACUCAAAAUGUCUGGAACAUUGCCGGCUACCUAUGUGAAGGGUUUCCACGAUGAGGAGAAGGUGCGGCGCAUGGAAUACCGCAAGCUCGGAAAAACAGGUCUAGAAGUAUCGAAGAUUUCAUUCGGUGGCGGUGCGCUGUGUGCCAACUAUGGGUUUGAUCUUGAAGAGGGCAUCAAAACAGUGCAGGAUGCCUUGAAAUCGGGCAUCAAUUAUAUUGAUACUGCUCCAUGGUAUGGACAAGGACGGUCCGAAGAGGUGCUCGGCCAGGCCUUAAAGGAUGUGCCUCGGGAGUCCUAUUAUAUAGCCACUAAAGUGGCUCGCUAUGAGCUUGAUCCCAACAAAAUGUUCGACUUCAGUGCCAAGAAGACUCGCGAAAGUGUGGAAAAGAGCCUAAAGCUUUUGGGCCUGCAAUAUGUGGAUGUCAUCCAAAUCCAUGAUAUUGAAUUUGCUGAGAAUUUGGAUAUUGUUCUCAAUGAAACAUUGCCCACCUUGGAGGCGCUGGUCAAGGAGGGAAAGGCCAAGUAUAUUGGCGUCUCUGCUUAUCCCAUUUCUGUGCUCAAGGAGUGUCUAUCCCGAGCACCAGGAAGGUUCGAUACGGUGCUGACAUAUUGCAGGUACACUCUAACCGAUGACACGCUUCUUGAAUACCUGGAUUUCUUCAAGUCACAGAAUCUUGGCGUAAUAUCUGCUGCUGCCCAUGGCUUGGGCCUACUCACAAAUGCUGGUCCGCCGCCGUGGCAUCCAGCCACCGAUGAACAAAAGGCUCUGGGCCGCAAGGCAGCAGCUGUAUGCUUGCAGCGCGGUGUGGAGCUGGGAAAACUGGCCCUCUACUACUCCAUGAAACUGGGGGAAGUGAGCACCUUCCUCACUGGCAUGCAAACGCGGCAGUUGCUCCAGAUCAAUCUGGCGGCUUUCGAACAGGGCCUCACCGAAAAGGAGCAGGAAGUGCUGUUGUAUCUGAGCAAAAAUGUUUUGACCAAAUCUUUCAAUUGGGAGGGAAUCGAGCUGGAGCGUUAUUGGGCCGCGAUAAAGAACAAGUAAUUCCAGAGGAUUACCAAGAAGAACCACAAAUUUAAGAGAGCAUCUUUUGUUAUCUGUUUUAUUGGAAAGUUUUUGAAUGGUUUACAGCUCCAGAUAACCUUUAACAAUGGUUUUAUUUGCCCUAGAAUUGAACUUGACAUAAAUGAAUAAACAAAAAUCACUUUCAAUAAAUGAUAACUACAUAUACUAA